AACACUCAAAAAAUAAGAGUCCCAUCGCAUAAAUAUCGAAGUCUCCUCCAUAAACGUGCACCUCUCGAAGCGUAACUCACCAGUCGGCGAGUCUGCAUCGCUCUCCUCCGUCCGCCGGAAUAGUAAAGCAGCACACCGCCGGCGUACUUUAGGUUCGGCCUCGCCACGUCCGCGAAGCAACAAUGAUAACUACGAUGAACGUUCAGCAGAGAAGUGGAUCAGGAGCUUUGGUACAAAGCCCUCGAUCCCCAUCGUCGCAAUCACCGUAUUUAAGGGUAUCGGUAUCCGAUCCAGCUAAAAUGGGCACCGGAGUUCAAUCUUACAUCUCCUACAAAGUUAUCACCAAGACAAAUUUACCUGAGUAUGAGGGCCCUGAGAAAAUUGUUAUACGACGGUACAGUGAUUUUAUUUGGUUAAGAGACCGCAUAUCUGAAAAGUACAAAGGCGUCUUCAUCCCUCCUCUUCCAGAGAAGAGCACUGUAGAGAAGUUCAGAUUUAGUGCUGAGUUCAUUGAGAUGAGACGUCAAGCAUUGGAUGUAUUUGUCAACCGGAUAGCUUCACAUCAUGAGCUUCAGCAAAGUGAGGAUUUAAGAAUCUUCUUGCAGGCUGAUGAACAGACAAUGGAAAGAGCAAGAUCCCAGGAAACUGGUAUUUUCAAGAAGAAGCCAACAGAUUUAAUGCAAAUAUUCAAGGAUGUACAGUCUAGAGUGAGUGAUGUUGUUCUUGGAAAGGAGAAACCAGUUGAAGAAUCAAAUCCGGAAUAUGAGAAGCUGAAGAAUUACAUUUUUCAGCUCGAAGACCACCUAGCCGAAGCCCAGAAACAUGCUUACCGUCUUGUAAAGAGACACCGGGAGUUGGGACAGUCUUUAUCAGACUUCGGUAAGGCAGUCACUCUACUAGGGAACUGUGAAGGAAAUUCUCUUGGAAAGGCAUUCUCGGAGCUUGGUGCAAAAUCGGAGAUGUUGUCGGUUAAGCUGCAGAGAGAGGCUCACCACCUUUUGAUGAACUUUGAGGAACCUUUAAAAGAUUAUGUUCGAGCCGUACAGUCAAUUAAGGCAACAAUAGCAGAGAGGGCAAAUGCAUUCAGGCAUCAUUGUGAACUGGCUGAAGCAAUCAAGUUUAAGGAAAUAGAUAUGAACAAGCUCAGAUUAACAAGAUCAGAGAAAUUGGGUGAGGUGGAGCAUGAAUAUGAGGAGCUAAGAGCUGACGGGGCAGAGGCAGCUAGAAGAUUCGACAAAAUAGUGAAGCUAAUGAAUGAAGAGAUUGUUCGAUUUCAAGAAGAGAAAACCCUGGAUAUGGGUCUAGCUUUUCACGAGUUUGCGAAAGGUCAGGCACAGCUGGCAAACGGCAUUGCCGAUGCAUGGCGAAGCCUUCUUCCCAAGCUCGAAAAUUGCUCCCCCUCCUCUUAAGGCGCAUUUGUUAUUGUCUGAAAUUUGAGCUUGUAUCUUGUACAAACCCCCCGAGCAAAAGAAAAGAUAAAAAAAUCAUUUUCACUUGUAACUUUAGAACCAAUUAGUCGGACACACUUUUUUUUAUAAUAUUUUUCGGUUAAUAUUUUUAUUAAGAUUUUUUAUUAGGUAUGGUGUAAUUUGAUUUUGGUUACUAGGUGUGUAACUUUGACUAUCUAUCUCUCUUGAGAAGUUUAUUUCCCCCCUAAUGGCGCACCGACUCAUUUUAGAUGUUCUGAUAGUGAAGAUAAUCUAGCAGUUUUUGAUAUUUUCAUGGAGGGAUGAUGCAUGUAUAAAUCAGACCGAGACAUUUCAAGUAUUUGAUUGGAUUCGUAUUUGUGUUUGGCACUCA